UGUUGUUUUUCCCUUUGUGAGCUUAACAAGCAUUUCUGUGUUUCACUGCUUUAUUCACAUUAUCUUUUCCUUUGAUUUUGAUGAAAAAAAACGAAAACUACAGCGACCAGUGAAGCGUGAAGGACUUCCGGCCCUGAUCGCUGCGUUGAAGACCAAACAGCCAAUCGGCCAAUGAGCAGGAUCAUGUCUGCAGAAGUGGACCUGUCCCCUCCAGAGGUUCCUGAGCCCACCUUUCUAGAAAACCUGCUGCGCUAUGGGCUCUUUCUGGGGGCCAUCUUCCAGCUCAUCUGUAUCCUGGCUGUCAUCUUCCCCACAUCCAAGUCACAUGAACAGGAGGAGACUGAGUCCACUGAUGCCAAGGCCACCGAACAGAUGAAGAAGCCUAAAGGACUCGCACCGCAGACCCGACAGAAACCAAAGAAAGAGAGCAAGAAGAAGCGAUAGUGCUGUGUGUGUGUGUACGUGUGUGUGUGUCUGUGUGCGUGCGUGCAUGUUACCGGUUUGUGCGAAUGUGUGUAGAGUCAACAUUGGCAGUUACCAAUACAAUCAUCACUACAGGUAUACACUACAUGUAUAAAAUAUACAUGACGUGCAUUUAAUUUGAGACUCUUGAGAAUGGUCGUGAGCCCGUCACUUUCAAUACAAUAAUACAAAAAGCAAAUUGUCAUAUAUUGUAAUGCAGCCACGUAUUUUACAGGAUAUUUGUUGUGCAUUUAUCUUACAAAUUGAAUAUCCCUGAUUUAAUUGUUUUUGGAUUUCAACUUUCAAAUAAAUUUAUCAUCUAGUCCAUUUUGUCGGAUUGA